AUGCCUGACGUCACCGUCACCGUUGUAGAUACAGAAGUAUCUAAAACGGCGAAGGAAAAACAUCCAUGCCUGACGUUAACGCAGGCUUCCACUCGCGAGGAAGCCGCCGAAGAGAUCAUCGAACGUAUUCUAGGUAUUCCGGACUCUGAUAAAGUCCUCAACUCCGUACUGGGGAGACUGCAAAAAAACCGGGAAGAAAUUUUACAGAGGGCUCAAGCAACAAUAGAUGAAGACUGUGAUGAUUCUGAGGAACUGGCAGAAUACACUGAAUCUGUAGAGAACACUCGUGAAAGAGGAUUGCGACGCACAUCAACACAGAAACAUGUUCGGAUUUGCGAAGUGAAUCGAACAAUUCAUCGGCUUAACAACAGGGAAUACGAAUACAGGCCAGCUUAUUAUGAAGAAGUCAGGUGCAACUCCUCUGGCGAUCACGUUAGAGAAAAAGAAGGAGUUGUGACAUGCUCAAGUAUCGGGCUGUCAUGCGUACAGUGGAACAAAACUAUACACUUAACCAGAAGGCGAUACACCAGUGAUUGCUGGGAAACGAAGACCCUGAUAAUACCCGCUGGGUGCGAAUGCAGGCGGCGUGAAUUCGGAGCAAUUUCAAGUUACAUAGUAUUUUUAUCUGAAGCCGCGAGCGCGUACGCCAGUCCGCAGCAGGUGUGCGUGAAAGUAUCUCGUGGAGGUUUCCUAGGAGUACACAGACAGUGA